CUUCCUCGGUACUUGCUCGUGCCUAGCUUGUCGGUGUGACCGGAGUUUCCCUUCCGCUGACAGGCUGCUGUCACACAGCCACCAUGUUAUCCCAUUCCCGGUGUCUCACCAGGAAUUUCGGCCGUUCCCUCUCUGCCAUCCGCCAGGGGAAUAAUGUGUUAGCUCGUCGGGCCACGGCAGCUCUAUCAGCUAGCCACUCUAUCACUUUCAACAACACUGUAAAAUCUGAUCCCCGGUCCAGCAUCUUCCAAAUCCAGUACUUCAGGACGUCUGUAGCCUACCGAGAUGAAGUUGUCACAGUCAAGACCCCUGCAUUUGCAGAAUCUGUCACAGAAGGUGACGUAAGGUGGGAAAAAGCUGUUGGAGACAGUGUCUCGGAAGAUGAGGUGGUGUGCGAAAUUGAGACAGAUAAGACAUCAGUGCAGGUUCCCUCUCCUGCUGCUGGAGUGAUUGAGGAGCUUUUGAUCCCGGAUGGAGGCAAGGUCGAGGGAGGAACUCCUCUCUUCAAGCUUAGAAAAGGAGCCGGUGCUCCCAAAGCUGCAGAACCUCCAAAAGCUGAGGCCCCGGCCGCUGAAGCCCCUCCACCACCUUCUGCUGCCCCUCCUCCCCCUCCUCCCCCCUCAGCUGUGGGCCCCAUUCCCACCACUAUGCCCCCUGUGCCACCUGUGCCAGCACAUGCUAUGGACACCAAACCAGUUUCAGCCAUCAAGCCCACAGCUGCUCCAGCUGCACCAGUGGCCCAAGCAGAGGGUGGAGCUAAAGGAGCCAGGACAGAGAGCAGGGUUAAGAUGAAUCGCAUGAGACUAAGAAUUGCCCAGAGACUGAAGGAAGCCCAAAACACCUGCGCUAUGUUGACUACUUUUAAUGAGGUCGACAUGAGCAACAUCUCAGAGAUGAGGAAAGCUUACAAAGAUGCCUUCCUGAAAAAGCAUAACAUCAAGUUGGGCUUCAUGUCUGCAUUUGUGAAGGCUGCUGCCUACGCGCUGUCCGACCAGCCUGCUGUCAAUGCUGUAAUCGAUGACACAACCAAAGAGAUUGUGUACAGGGACUACGUCGACAUCAGUGUGGCUGUGGCCACGCCAAAGGGUCUGGUGGUUCCUGUAAUCCGAAACGUAGAGGGAAUGAAUUUCGCAGACAUUGAGAAAGCCAUCAAUCUGUUGGGAGAAAAGGCCCGUAAGAAUGAGCUGGCUGUUGAGGACAUGGAUGGAGGAACCUUCACCAUCAGCAACGGUGGCGUGUUUGGGUCCAUGUUCGGCACACCGAUUAUCAACCCGCCACAGUCUGCUAUUUUAGGCAUGCAUGGCAUCUUUGACAGGCCUGUUGCAGUUGGUGGAAAGGUGGAGAUCCGUCCAAUGAUGUACGUUGCCCUGACGUACGAUCAUCGUCUGAUUGAUGGAAGAGAGGCCGUCACUUUCCUGCGCAAGAUCAAGUCAGUGGUGGAGGACCCCAGGGUGCUGCUCCUCGACAUGUGAACCCUUGUGAACUCCAGGCCCAACCAAACAAACCACCCUACACAAACAGUGGCUGUACUCACCUGAUGAACAUUACCGUUAACUGCAGUUGAUGUAUUGUUGUAUUGGUUAACUUGACAGUUGGGUUGUGCAAUGGACAUUCGUAAGACUGGCAGUGAUAAAAGGUUUGGUGCUGUUGUGGAUAAGUUUCAGGGGGUUUCAGGGGCUUCUGUGGUGCUGGUCUCUAGAUCAAAAAAAAAAGGAUAUUCUAUAACUUGUGCGCCAUAUGUCAUUUUCUACAUACAACUAAAAAAAAAAAAAAUUUCACCCUGUUGUGAGAUGAAUGACAAAUAUAGAUAAAACUGCAUAGUAUCAUUUCAUUAUUUUGGUUGAGAGAAGAACAAUGAACACGUUUUGGGCUAGAAACCAAGAAACACUAUGUUGUAAAAUGUCCAAAGUGAAGAAAUCCUCUUGAGAAUUUAUACCAUCUGUUUCACACAAAUGAGGAAAAAUCUCUUUAUGCUGUGUAAGAAAGACUAUUUAAGAAAAUGAAAGUUUUAAACAAUAAAAGCUGCAUUACUCAACCGUAA